CCCCGCCCCGCCCGGCUCCCCCCUCCCCCGCCGCCUUCCCCCCCAGGGAGGCAAUGACAGCGGCUCCGGGACCCUCCCCGCAGCAGAUCAGGGACCGGCUGCUGCAGGCCAUCGACCCCCACAGCAACAUACAGAACAUGGUGGCAGUACUGGAAGUGAUCUCCAGCUUGGAGAAAUACCCGAUUACCAAAGAGGCCCUUGAGGAAACGAGACUGGGCAAGCUGAUCAAUGAUGUGCGGAAGAAAACAAAGAAUGAGGAGCUGGCCAAGCGUGCAAAAAAACUGCUGCGGAAUUGGCAGAAGCUGAUCGAGCCCGUAACACAAAACGAGACUGCCUCGAGGGGCUUGUCCAAUCCGCCUGGAUCUGCAAACGGCGGAGCUCACAAUUGCCGUGUGGAAACGCCGCCCGUGGCUGUGGUGGGCUCAAAGCCCGUUCAUGAUGUGAAGAACAGGAACGAUGUGCAGAAGCUGAACUCCCCAAAGCCUGAGAAGCCAGGCAACCGGAAGCGGAGAGGUGAGCCCCAUGAUGGCCACCAGGGCCCUCCUCCCUCGAAGGUUUCUAAAGCCAGCUAUGAAGUAUUACAGAACUCUUCCCCGCCUCCCACCAAUGGGAUUGGGGGGAGCCCAGAGAGCUUCCCCAGCCCUCCAGAGGUGGCCACACUGCCUGGAGCAGAAGGGAGCCAAGUGGACCUGGGUGAAAAUGACAAACCCAGUAAGAUUCCGGUCAAUGCGGUCAGGCCCCACACCAGCUCUCCAGGGCUCUUCAAACCUACUGGAGCUUCCUCAUUGCUCAAGACGGCAGCGUUGCAGCAGCAGCAGCAGCAUGAGAAAGCGGAGGAGGCAGCCAGCCAAGCCCGGAGCCCCCGUUGCUCCUCCUUCAGCCCAAGGAGUGUCAGGCUGGAAACAUUUGCUCGGCAGCACACCACGUGCGCUCUGAAGGGCUCCAUGUCCACUCCAUCUCCAAGGCCUCCCCUCCUGGAUGCUGCAGUGGCAGCACCCUCGUCACCGCCUCUUUCUCUGGCUCAGCCGUCGACCCCACCAGCCCUGGCCAGGAGGCUGGAGGCAUCUCCGCAGGAGGGCCCAGAGCCCCCUCUGCCCUCCCCGGAGCAGCAGGCAGCACCUGAGGGUCAACACUGGCUCGCGGCAGGUGGGAGCGGCCUGCACCUUUCGGAGUCCUUGGCUGGCUUUUCGCCGGACACCUCAAAGAUGGACAGCGACAGUGCUGCAUCAGGGUCUGACAGCAGAAAGAAGAAAAAAUACCGGCCCAAAGACUACGUGGUCAACUUGGACGGGCAGGCACUAGAAGCAGGUGUCAAGCCCGUCCGGUUAAAAAAGGAGAGGCGACUUACCUUUGACCCCAAGACGGGCGAGAUUAAACCUUUAACGCAGAGGGACUCUCUGCAGGCGGACCUCCCUGCUCUUGCCCUGCAGCACAGGACAGACACAGACAGGCAGGAGCAAGCCCCGCCCCUGCUUCAGAGUCCCUUUGAACAAACUAAUUGGAAAGAGCUGUCCAGGAAUGAAAUCAUUCAGUCCUACUUGGACAGGCAGAGUACCUUGCUGUCCUCUUCAGGAGUGCAGACUCCUGGGGCCCCCUACUUCAUGUCUCAAUAUUUAAAGCAAGAGGAAAGCACUAGGAGAGAGGCCAGAAAGACCCACGUUCUGGCUCCUGUCAGCAGCAAACCCACAAACUUGCCUGGGGUGACACGAGAGGUCACGAGGGAAGACCUCGGCAGGAUAUCUGACCAGUCUUGGCCAGGUGUGAACGGUUGCUAUGACACACAGGGUAACUGGUAUGAUUGGACGCAGUGCAUAUCGCUAGACCCACACGGGGAUGACGGGCGCCUGAACAUCCUGCCUUAUGUCUGCCUAGACUGAGUACAGUUUUGCUAAGAUGCUUUUUACAUCGGCAGACAGUAAAACGGGCAGGUGCUACCCCACCCCCCCAUCCCCGCCCCGUCACACUGAAACAGGCUCGCCAGGCAGAGGGUAUGUACGAGAACUGGAUACUGGCAGUUCCUCUUUUUUGUGAGGAGCUGGUACCAGUUCACUAACACGUAUUGCAAAGGAAGGCAUAAUGAAGGUUGAUUUAAAAACACACAGAGUCUGUAGAGCUCCAAACUCUCUAGCAAGGCAGCCCUUAAAAAGUGUUAGUCCCCACAAAGUGAGAGGUGUUUCCAGCACUCUGAAUGCCAGAAUCUGAGGAAAGGCAGGUACAGGCAGGCAUUGUGGAAGUGGAACAUUAACACAGUAGGUGAGUCUAUUUAUUUGUCUUGAUUUGGUUUUCUUUUUUUUUUCUAUUAAAAAAUAUAACAUGGCAGUGAGAUAUUGGAAAAUGAACUCCGCACAACUGUAGUUACCUCUUAUUUGCAUUGCAUCUCUGCACACCAGUUGUGUGCUCUUGAGCAGUCCCUUAUGUGGAGGGUUGGUUUGCCAUGAUGUGUUGUGCUAGAAGUUCGGAGGGGAGAGAACUACCACCUUCAGCACAGCAUUCUGCCAUCUGCUCUGGGUUUGUGUCAAUCCAGUCUGAAAGAUGCUGCAGAAAAUGUUACUGUUGUCCCAGCAUCACCACCAGCCAGCGUGUGUGUGUGCGUGCGUGCUCCCCAGCAACGCUUUGCAGGGAAGCGAGGGAGGGAGGGAGAGAGGAGUCACUUCUUUUUGUUUGUUUCUUUAAAAAAAAAAAAUCAAAAGCAAUGGAGGGUGCUACUAGUUUGUAAAUGUCCUGUGAAGGGGGAAAUGGGAGCCUGUUUGUAUGCUGGAAAUAUACUUGUUACCAUUCCUUUAGAUAUUGUUUGCCUUAUGGAUACCCAUCACAAUUGCGAUUUGCAAAAACAAGAGCCUUAGUGAAUGUACAGUAACUAGACUUCUGUGCUCCUGAGACGCAGAAGAAGCAACUUUGCUAUUGGUCCUUUAAGUGGACACGUUGUGAUAUAAAUGUGGAAAUAAAAGAAAUUUGCACAAAA